CCUCGAAUAAAAUCAAAUGUUCUUUUCACUUUUCUUUAAGUUUUACUAGUUUCUAUCUCGAUUAAUUUUGUUGUCGAAUCGUCCAACAUCCACCCUGAUAAAAACAUAGAAAUCGCAAAAAUUUCUCCUUUAGUUGUUUUCAAUCACAUUAAUCCCACAAUCAUGGAACAACUAUCAUGAAUGUUAUGUGAUCAUGGUCUUCCUCACACCAAUCCCAUCCUAAUUUAUCUCUCUUAUUUAUUUAUUUUUUUCUCCAAAAUUCACAUUCCAAAUUUCAUAUCUCAUCUUCUUUCCCUCUUUUCUUGUUCUAGGUUGGAGGAGGUUAUUUCGUUUCGUUUUAACAUCUAUCAUCACCUUCUCCACCACGUUAAGCAUAGAAAAUUGGAAUUUUUAUCAUAGAUGUUUGUAAAUUUUUACUACAUUCAAUUUUAUUCGCUUAUUUGAAUUUUCUUCUCCUUCAUUUACUUUACCACAAACCUUCUCAUAAAAACCCCUUUGAAACAACAAUCAAUAUCUUUAUAAAGAAUAAAAAAAAUGUGACAUCGAUCUAUCAAUGAAGAUUUAGACUAUAAAGAUUUUUAAUUUGAGAAUUAUCAACUCCAUUUCAUGCCAUAAAUCAAAUCUCUCUUUCUUCCUAACAUUAUUCAUCCCCUCCUUCAAACAUCUCCGGAGGGGUCAAAUCAUACCCUCUUCCUUUUUUUUCCACAUGCAAAGGUUACAAGAUGGGUAGUGAAGCUGAUUUAAUAACGAUCGCCGGCGUCUCAUCUUCCACCCCAGACCACCAAUCCAACAGCACCACCUCAGCGCGAGGUGGCAGAGCAUCCACAUCAAAACAACCGACAUUCCUCCACGGCGAGCUCGACGUAUGGAUCCACGAGGCGAAGUCCCUCCCCAACAUGGACCUCGCCUCGGAGCACAUGCGUCGCUGCUUCAACAUCCUCGGCUCCCCUUGCUCCAAGGGGGGCCACCGCCGCCGCAAAUCAUCUGCCGCCUCCACCACCGCAUCGUCGGCUCACCACCACUCCAUGAUCACGAGCGACCCCUACGUCUCCGUGUGCCUCGCGGGGGCCACCAUCGCCCAGACCCGCGUCAUCCCCAACUGCGAGAACCCGCUUUGGGACGAGCACUUCUGCGUCCCUGUGGCCCACCCCGUCCUAAAAGUCGAGUUCCACGUCAAGGACAAUGACGUCCUCGGCGCGCAGCUCAUCGGCGUCGUCGAGCUCCCCGUCGAGAAGGUCACCCCGGGGGAAAAAAUCGACGAUUGGUUCCCCCUGGUGGGCCACGCGGGGAACUGCCUCAAACCGAACCCGGAGCUCCGGGUCUCGGUCCAGUUCAAACCGGUCGGGGUCGCCGCUGGACCGGGAUGCGGUGGGGUUCCCAACACGUAUUUUCCUCUAAGGAAGGGAGGGAUGGUGACGCUGUACCAGGACGCGCAUGUCCCCGACGGGAUGGUGCCGGAGAUUUUGCUGGACGGCGGGAAGAUUUACCAGCAUCAGAAGUGCUGGGAGGAUAUGUGUCACGCAAUGUUGGAGGCGCAUCAUUUCAUCUACGUGAUCGGCUGGUCGAUUUAUCAUCGGGUUAAGCUCGUCAGGGAGCCGACGAAAGCAGUGCCGUCCGGCGGGGAGCUCACAUUGGGUGAGCUCCUGAAGUACAAAUCGCAGGAAGGGGUGAGAGUCGUGAUGUUGAUCUGGGAUGACAAGACUUCUCACGACAAGUUCCUCCUCAAAACGGAAGGGGUUAUGCAGACGCAUGACGAGGAGACAAAGAAGUUCUUCAAGCACUCCACAGUACAUUGUGUUCUUGCACCUCGUUACGCCAGCAACAAGCUUAGCAUUUUCAAGCAACAGGUGGUCGGGACCCUGUUCACGCACCAUCAAAAGUGUGUGAUACUGGACACGCAGGCUUCUGGUAACAACAGGAAGAUCACUUCCUUUAUGGGCGGCUUGGACAUGUGUGACGGCAGAUACGACACUCCUGAUCACAGGCUGUUUCGCGAUCUUGACACUAUCUUUCUCAAUGACUUCCACAACCCGACUUUUCCAUCUAAUGCGAGGAGUCCGAGACAACCGUGGCAUGAUCUGCACUGCAAGAUCGAAGGCCCAGCCGCGUACGACAUCUUGACGAAUUUCGAGCAGAGGUGGAGGAAAGCCCAGAAAUGGAGGGAUUUCAGGCUGAAAAAGGUCACCCAUUGGCACGACGAUGCGUUGUUGAGGCUGGAUCGCAUCUCUUGGAUUCUGAAUCCGUCCAAUCAUGGGGACAAGGAUGUCUACGCUUGCGACGAAUCCGAUCCUGAGCGUUGGCAUGUCCAGAUCUUCAGGUCUAUUGAUUCUGGAUCUGUCAGGGGAUUUCCGAAGGCAGUUGGAGAAGCAGCAGCUCAGAAUCUGGUGUGCGGGAAGAACCUGAAAGUGGACAAAAGCAUUCAUACAGCAUACAUUAAGGCAAUCAGAUCAGCACAACACUUCAUCUACAUAGAGAACCAAUACUUCCUUGGAUCUUCCUUCUGCUGGCCCUCUUACAAAAAUGCAGGUGCUGAUAACCUGGUACCAAUGGAGAUAGCGCUGAAGAUAGCGAGCAAGAUCAACACAAACGAGCGUUUCUCAGCUUAUGUGGUCAUACCCAUGUGGCCAGAGGGUUCUCCUACCAGUGCUGCAGUUCAAGAAAUCUUGUUUUGGCAGGGACAAACGAUGCAGAUGAUGUACAAGAUAAUAGCAAAUGCACUAGAGAAAGCAGGGCUGCUGGAGGCUUACCAUCCACAGGACUACCUGAACUUCUUCUGCCUUGGCAAAAGGGAAGACAAGAAUCAAGACUGUGCUGGUUUUUUGAAUCCGCAAACAGAGAAUCGUGCUUUGGCAGCAUGUCAAAAGUACCGCAGAUUCAUGAUCUAUGUACAUGCCAAAGGGAUGAUUGUCGACGACGAGUACGUGGUCAUUGGAUCAGCAAACAUCAACCAGAGAUCUCUGGACGGUUCAAGAGACACCGAGAUCGCCAUGGGAGCUUACCAGCCAGCAUAUACUUGGGCUGCCAAACAAGGCCACCCGCGUAGCCAGAUAUACGGAUACCGGAUGUCGCUGUGGGCGGAACACAUGGGGGAGCUGGAGGAAGAACACAGGGAGCCGCAGAGCAUGAAGUGCAUGAAGAGCGUGAACAAGGUUGCUAAGAACAACUGGAAGGCGUUCGUGGCCGAGGAGAGGCUCCCGAUGAAAGGACACUUGAUGCAGUACCCUAUUCAAGUCAGCAGAGAUGGUAAAGUCACUGCUUUGCCCAGCCACGAAUCUUUCCCAGACGUCGGCGGGAAGGUCCUUGGCUCGCCGACCACGCUUCCCGAUUCCCUCACCACCUGAGCAACUACAUGAGUGUAGCUGUCCCCUCAACUUAACUAUGACGGGUCUCAUGCACAGAGGGAUUGUUGAAAUACCAUGUGAAAGGAAGAGUUGUUAAACAGAACGAGAACCAGAAGUGUUUUUACUAAACCAUAGAUUCAUAUGUUAGAUGAGCUAGAUAUCUUAACAGGCUCCGCCAAAGAGGUUAGAGGGACUAACUGGUUUUGGUUUUCCGUUUAACUGACAGCCAAACCAAUUUAGUAGAUUUGAGCAACUUCCGGCUUUCCAUUAACAGGUUAGCUUGAUUACAAACCAGGACCAAGAACAUAAUUGAGAACUGCAAGUUCAAUGAAAAUAUCCAUGACAAAUCUGGUUUAUAUUGGCCAAAUUCAUAUCGAUUCUGCAGCUUUCUGCUAAUCAUUCGGAUAAUCGAUUUCGGUCCAUUGGUUAACAGUUCAAUCAAAUGUUACAUUACCGGGUCAAUAGCAUAAAAGGUCACUUACGUUUGGGGUUAUUAACGAAAUGGUAACAUACGUUUGAUUUUUAACGAGUUAGUAACUUAUGUUUUCGUUAACUAACCAAAUUGUCAUUCUCUCUAACUCCUACCAUAUCAACGUUCAUAUUAACACAUCAGCUUGCCAUGUCAGUUAAAUGUAUAGAAAAAUAUAUGAUGCAUAUUGAAUCAAACCCACAACCGAAACCAAACUGGCGGAAUCCUAUACCCAAAUCGAUUUUUAUCUCUCUUCCUUCCUCUCACCGCCGCCAAGGCGCCAACCGUGCUUCUUCCUUCCUCUCACCAGUUAGGUUACGGCUUAAAACAAACGACUCCCAAAUGGAUUUCAGUUCCGUUUCCGGUUGGAUUAACCGAAUAGAACAGUAAAACUGGUUAGCCAUCCCUACACCAGAUUGACUCUAAUUGUUUUUUUACGGUUAAGACAAUAGACAUCGGAUCAAUGUAAAAUCUAAAUGCAGGGAAGUCGAAAAGAAGAAGAAAUGAUAUACAAAACAGUAAAGAAAACGGUAGUUAUGAACCAUCAUCCACAAUCGCAAGCACGGUUUGUAGGAAAUAUUUGAAGGGAAUCGUACCAAAACCCUCUCAAGUAACUGUCUGACAGAAGGUAAAAGUAGCAAGCAGAAUUUUCACCAAGUUCAAGAGGAGAACCGUUUUCUUUGCUCUAACGAGACACUGAAGGACAGAAAUGCUUUACAGAGGCCCCCGCUUGUUUCCCGACUCAUAGGAAACACUGGUUCAUAUACUCAAUAUCUUUCUCGCACCUGGCAGAGAAAAGCGUCAACGAGGAUUCAGAGAUGGGCCAAAAGGGAGAAAUAGUGAAAGCAAAAACUCGAUAUCAGCAGGCAUGGAGCAGUAGUAACCUAGUAAUAAUGUUAUCUAAAGAUA